UUUAGAUCUCGUCUCAUCUAUCUUUAGUCGAUCUGAUUCUUACUUUUUUUUUAAUAAUUCCUAUACAAUUUCUAAAUUUUCAAAUAUUAAUACCUGAAUAGUAUAGCUUUAAAAGUUAUGUAUUUUAAUAUUAUUAUUUCUUGAUCGUUGUAAAGCCUGUUUCUGACGUUACCUCAUCAUCGUGAUGUUUUGUUUGACUAUAUUCAUAUCUGGUGGAGUUCGAUUGAUGUAGUACAAUGAUUCAUAUUGUAUGUUUUUCUGUGAUUUUAUAUAUUUACUUUGCUUUUGUUUCCAUAUAAUUACUUUCAAGUAUUGAGUAUGGAGUCUUCUCGAAGAAAUAACUCGGAAGAUCAACGAUGCAUACUUGGACUUCAAGAUUUAAAACUAUCAAACAAAGAUGAGGACGGUACUGAGCAAGCGCACGGCGGCGCGACUUCUAACUCGAGCACACUCGGCAAAAGCCGUUCGGUUGGCGCAAUAGAGAGUUUUGUCUUGGACAACACCCAGGCUAAUCGACUAGAUUAUAGUUUUUACGAGAGAUCAAAUGUUAUAGCAGCCUCUAAAUUUGCAACACCGAAGCGAGUCGAGACAAUUGCAUCGAUAAAUAAACGCGAUAUAAACACAGCAGCGUUGCCCGCUAGCCCUACGCGUUCUAUCGAUUCAUUAUCGCAAAGGUCAUUAAGUUAUCAAACUGAAGACUUGUAUGAGAUUCCUGCAAAUCCCAACACUCAGUAUCCGCCGCCCGUGUAUGAAAAUAUUGAUUAUUAUAGUGACCAAAGGUCAACACAAGCACCUUUUUAUCACCAACUGUACCAGCACGGUCUGACGCCCUCUGUUUCCGAGGGCUAUUACGACACGCGUUAUAGUAAAGCCCAACCUCAGGUGCCAGUCAGCUCCAAACCUAAAAUAACACCAUCUGUGUAUGAAAAUAUGCUUUGUAGUGAUAACAGUGAAAAGAGACGUGAUUACAAACCAACUCAGGUACAUGAGCAGCACUACAUACAGCAAGGAUCCGUUCCGGGCCCACAAGUGGCCAACAGUCAUAUAAAUAAAAAUGUGUCACAAAUUAAAAAUGAUAAUGUUGGAAAAAUAGACAAAGCUCCGCCACCACCCUACAACUCAUCAGACAAUAAUCCUAGCAGUGACUAUACAGUUAUGAAGUCAGCUCCCCCUAAAUAUACUGAUGUGACUGCUCUCUUAAAGAGUAAUUCUACUGUCAGUUUUGAUGACAAAGUUGUUACAAUUCCAUCCACUGCUAUUUACGCUUCAAUUGCUCCAAGUGCUCAAAGGCCUAAAGCCAACAUUGCUACUGAAGUCCAGACUGCUACAGCAAGUCCAAAAUUUUUCCAUCAUAAACCAAGUAUUGCAAGUGGUCUAGGUAAAGAGAAAUCAGGUUUGGCUAAUGGUGGCUAUACUGCAAAGCCAGUUGUUGGUAAUAGAAUGCAGAUAGUUGAUGAUGUGAAUGGUUCUGAUUAUGUGUGCAUGACAGGAGGCCAAUCCCCUGCAGCUGUAGCGGCCAAUAAAGACAAUGUUUCAAUAAAUUCAGAAUCAGUUGGCUCUCGGAACUUAGUGUCUGGGAUGACAUCUUUAUGUUCCCCUGCACAGUCACCUGCACCAAGUCCCACUCCUAGUUCUGUUUCACAAUUAUCUGGUGGCUCUAGAGGUUCAGGAGGGAGGGGCAAGAGUUUAUUACCUUACAGUAUUACCCCCCCACGUCCACCUGGGCCGAGUGAAGCUCAACGUAAAAUUGAGGAAUUAACAAGACAGCUAGAGGAGGAGAUGGAAAGGCAAGAUGAGGAGGGUGAAUAUUUUGGUAUAUGCCAUACAUGUGGUGCGGGUGUAACAGGAGCAGGACAGGCUUGCCAGGCGAUGGGCAACCUGUACCAUACCAAUUGUUUUAUUUGCUGCUCAUGUGGCAGGGCACUACGCGGCAAAGCAUUCUACAAUGUACAUGGCAAAGUGUAUUGUGAAGAGGAUUACUUGUACUCAGGAUUUCAACAAACUGCAGAGAAGUGUGCAAUUUGUGGACAUUUGAUAAUGGAAAUGAUCUUGCAAGCAAUGGGAAAAUCAUACCAUCCAGGUUGUUUCCGGUGUUGUGUAUGCAACGAAUGUUUGGAUGGUGUGCCCUUCACAGUGGAUGUUGACAACAAGAUUUACUGUGUCAAUGACUACCACCGGAUGUUUGCGCCCAAGUGCGCAAGUUGCGGUAAAGGUAUCACACCGGUUGAGGGAACGGAUGAAACAGUCCGAGUGGUGUCAAUGGACCGAGACUUCCAUGUGGACUGCUACAUGUGUUGUGUGUGCGGCAUGCAACUAACUGACGAGCCUGACAAACGCUGCUACCCACUGGCCGGUCGGCUUAUGUGUCGCUCCUGUCACUUGGCUACCAUCGGCGCUGCUUCAGGACCUGGCCAGCCACCAGCACCGCAUCUAUCACCGGCCUCUUAUCAGUACAUGGGUUGAGCUCCUGUUUUUACAAUUCCGAUUUGGCAGCUCUUAUUCAGUACUGAGGCUUGCUCAAAAUUGGUUAAUAUAGUUAAAUAAUGUAACAUAUACAUUUGUUAACUUAAUGAAAUUUAAGGCUUUAAGCGACGUUAACUCAACUUUAUUGUGGUUAAAGAGAUUUUCCUGGUCUAAAAUAUUUUUAUGUUGAAAACGGCCUACCAUUUAAAAUUUUUAGUGAUCCCUUUAAUGACCUUUAAAUGUAAGAUUCGAAAAAGUUUGCAUUGUAACAAUCUUGUUAAAAUAAUUGAAACAAAUCUAUAAUAUAAUGCUUUAAACUAUUUACUAGAGCGUCAAUAGCAGUCUCAUAAAAUUUACGUGAGUUUUAGUUCUACUGUAUAUGUAACACGCCCUUUUAUCAGCCAACGCAAAAAGUAAGAUGAAGAGUCAUGUAUUUGUGAGUCUGCUUGUCGCAACGUAGUUUCCAAUCUAAUGAACCAAUUAUAAUCCCUUUUUUUUAUUGUUUGAAAUCCUAUGUGAUCGUUAUCUUACCUAUAAUAUAUUGUUUUUCAUAAAGGGGUUACUUACAAUUUUAUAAUUAUUUUCUGUCGCUGACUGGUAUAAAAACUCCGCACUGUGUAUUUUCUCUGAAUUCACUGUUAUAGUGCUGUAGAGAUCGACUUUUUAGCUGAUCUCGCAGAAAUAUUUUAGAGGCUUUAAUGCUGAAGGAGGAUGGUUAUAUUAUGUCAAAAUUCAGUCAAUGAUAUAUUGUUCGUGUAACUAUUACAAUUUGUAUGUAAAACAUGCUAAAAUUAUUGAAUUUAUAAUGAGUUAAAGAUGUAUAGUAUACAAAUUAUUACAAAUCACAAUUAUUGUCACCGUUACAAUUUGGCAACUGUUAGUGUCAUAAAACAAUGUUAUUAAAAAUGGUUUAUUAAGAAAAAGUAAACAUAUUAAUGAUUGUACUUUUUAACGUUUAUCAGUAUUUGUACAGAUUGUUUUUAUCUGUACCUGUAAAACAAACAUGUAGUGUUAUUAGUAGUACAUUUUAAACCAUUUUAAAUAUAUACCCCCUAAUCGUAAGAUUUAAAGCUCUUACAAAUCCUAUUUAGCUAGAAAUGUUUUGUGACUUUCUUUCAAAUUAAGAAAAUAACACGAAAGAAAGUAACUAACUCUUUAAAAUAGCUUAAAUGGGUUUCUUAUGCGCAUGACAUUUACAUAAAGUGGGGGUAAUUGAAUUAGUAGUAUAUAAAUACCUGUUAUAGAAUAAGUUCCAUUUAGAAUUAAGAGCAAAUGGCAAGAUAUUAUUUAAAUAGUUAUUAAACUGCUUGUAGUAUUCUACAAGUACACCUACUGCGACUUAGUUUAAGGGGAACGUACAAUUAGAGAAAUGCAAUCGUGUCACGAAAUAGUAGAGGUUUAAUUAUGUAACGAUGUUGUUACUAAUUCGGAAUUGUAACGAAUUAAAAUUGAUGCGUUUGCGAUUUUCUCUGAACUAUUUGAGAAUUGGAGAAGGGAGCUAAGUUGUAAAGUUUUCAAUUUUAAUAUGUUCCUAAUAUAACUGAAAUGCAAUUGAAAACUGCUGAGAAUUGUAUGUAAUAUAGUUACGUAAUUAAGGUCAAAAAUGUGACGUAUAUGAUUAUAGCGUUUUUGUCCAAAGCGUUUUUUAUCACUCCAUAUGUUCUGCAUAUAAAGACGUCAUAUUCUGCGGUCCAACGAUUCGUGUCACGGUUGCGUAGCCUGAACUGUAUUUAUAAACUAACAAUAAUAUGAAUGUGACUUUAAGACAGUAUAAUUUGCCUAAAAUAUUUGUGAUAUCAUUAGAUUAAUUUCUUAUUUGCUGCUUCAAUAAAUGUAGGAUAGACAUUUUUGAACAAGAUAUGAUUGCCAGUUUUAAUAUUUUGCCAUAAUUCUGUAAUACUGUAAAGGGGAUAUAGGAAUAGUGGAGUUUUAAUAUAUACGGAAUCUAAAUCUUGUUACAGAACAAAUACAACAAUAAAACAAGGAUGUCUUGAUGGGUUUCAUGUUCACUACAAAAUAGAAUUUUGGAUGCAUUUACUAAUUAUACAUAAUAAUGAACACUAGACAUGGCAGCACACCUGGUAAUUUUCAAUUAUAAUUCUAUUGUGAUAUUCCACCUGAUUUGAUAUUUAGUGCUAUUAGUAAGAAGUGUUUAUUAAUUCUUGUAAUGUCACAAAACUAUUUAUAUUAGAUGGAGCAACACUAAGCAUUCCAGUUAUGUGCUGUCCUGUUGUGUACUUAAUGUAAGUAAUUAUAUAAGUUGUUUUUUAUAUCUGUACAUUUUGAAUAUGUGAUGAUUCGUAUGUUAUGAUUACGAUACAAUAAAAUAAGAAAGGAUUUUGUUAGGAAAUUUUCUUUUUAUAAAUAU